CAGAGGUCCUCUCAAGAUAAACCAAGAGAGCACGGCAUAUCGCAGACGCCAGUCAACACAGAUACGGCACACACGAAAGAAGCAAGUGUACGAAUCAGAACGCCAAAUAUCCACACGAAAAUGAUUGAUCUCAUCAUGCUCCAGCCCGAAAAGGGCGGCAACCCUGAGCUCGUCAAGGAAUCGCAAAAGAAGCGAGGGGCCAGCGUGGAGCUCGUCGACGAUGUGCUCGCCCUCUAUAAGGAGUGGACGCAGCUCGGCUUCCAGCUGAACAACCUGCAGAAGGACGUCAAUGCAACCCAAAAGGAGAUCACUGUUAAGCGCAAGGCAAAAGAGAGCGCAGACGAGGAGAUGAAGAAAAAGAAGGAGCUAGACCAGCAGGUGCUCGACCUGAGGCCAAAGGUCGUCGAGGCAGAGAACAAGAUGAAAGCAAAAGCACGGAUGAUCGGCAACAUCGUCGGGCCAAAGGUGCCAGUCAGCCAGACUGAAGACGACAAUGCGGUGCUCAAGACUUGGCACCCCGAUGGUCCCAAUUCUCAAUUCGAAAAGAAGACCGAUAUCCUACCGCAUCACGAGGUCAUGUACCGGUUGGAGAUGUUCGACCCUGAGCGCGGCGUAAAGGUCGCUGGGCAUCGUGGUUUCUUCCUCACCGGCGAAGGUGUCGACCUGAACCAAGCUCUUAUCAACUACGGCCUCGACUUUUUGCGAACCAAGGGCUACAAAAAGAUGAUGACGCCCUUCUUCAUGCGCAAGGAUCUGAUGGGCAAGACAGCACAACUAGAAGAGUUCGACGAGGCGCUCUACGGGUUACGAGCCGAGGAAGGGGCAGAGCCUUCUGAAGAAAAGUACCUCAUCGCGACGAGCGAGCAGCCCAUCAGCGCGUUCCACUGUGAUGAGUGGUUCGACCAGCCCUCCGAGCAACUGCCCAUCAAGUACGCUGGCUACUCAACCUGCUUCCGAAAAGAGGCCGGGUCUCACGGAAAGGAUAUGUGGGGUAUCUUCCGGGUGCACCAAUUCGAAAAAAUUGAGCAGUUCUGCUUGACCGACCCGGACUCUUCAUGGGACACGCUUGACAUGAUGUUGGCCAAUUCGGAGGAGUUCUACCAGAGCCUUGGCCUAGGCUACCGGGUCGUCGCAAUCGUCAGUGGCGCGCUGAACAAUGCCGCGGCAAUGAAGUACGACUUGGAAGCCUGGUUCCCCUUCCAGGGUGAGCAUAAGGAACUCGUCAGCUGCAGCAACUGCACGGAUUACCAGGCGCGCGAGCUCGAGGUCCGAUGCGGGACCAAGAAGGCGGAUGGGCAGAAGAAGAUCUACUGCCACAUGCUCAACGGCACCCUGUGCGCCACCGAGCGUGCACUCUGCUGCCUCGUGGAGAACUGGCAAACACCAGAAGGCCUCAAGAUCCCACCCCCGCUGCAAAAGUACCUGCAAGGGCGGGACUUCAUUCCCUACACGAGGGAGCUUCCACCGAAAAAGGCGGAGAAGAAAAAGUAGAUCAUGGGCAGUCCAGCCACCUUGGUUGGGGGGCUUGGAUUUGUGGCGGAUAUACGCUAAAGGCAGCUCAGAGAAUAUGCUUGUUUGGUGAUGGUACAAAUGCUACAAAUGCUUCGAAUCGAACCCAUGCGGGCACAUC